AUGGCCUACAACGACGAUUCCGUCUUGGCACGGCUCUCCUCACUCAACGAGAGCCAUGACAGCAUAGCAACUGCAGCUCAGUGGAUUAUGUUCCAUAAGAGACAUGCUGAUCGCACAGUACAACUCUGGAUGCAGCGAUUAAAGGACUCUUCUAGCACCAGGCGCUUGAGUCUCGUGUACCUUGCAAAUGAGGUAGUGCAGCAGUCAAGGAUACGACAUAAGGAGGAUUUCGUCAUUGCCUUCUCCCCCGUGGUGGCCGAAGCCACCUCAGUUGCCUAUAGAGGAGCUCCAGCCGAGAUACAGGCGAAGCUGAGACGGGUGAUAGAUGUUUGGAAGGACAGAUCCAUUUUUGAACCCCCAAUCCAAGCUGCCAUUGAGGCUCGACUUGAGGAGUUGGACAAGUCUCGAGGAGCAACAAAUCCUGGCUUCAGGGAGUCUCCUUUCAGAGGUUCGACUGUGCCAUCAGAACUUGCACCUUUGGUGUCAACCUACCAAACUGCAACGAAACUGAGCAACCCCGUUGACACAACACUUGCUUCAGCGAACCAAGAGUACGAAAAGCAAGCGGGACCUCAUGCAGAAGUGCCAUCAGCCCCCGUCUAUGCAGCCCGUUUGAAUGGCCUCCUCAAAACUCUUGUCAAUGCAGAGAGCGCAUUGGCAGAAUGCGUCAAAGCUCGCGAGAGCCUAGUGUCUGGCCUCGAGAAGCUGUUAGAUGCUCAGCGAGCUGCUUUGUCUAGUCACAAAACCUCGGCCACCGUCUUGCGCGAUCGAAAGGUCGAGAUUGAAAAUAAGAAGCAGCAAGUCGAGGUUGCCAUCAUGCGAGCGCUGGGUCCUGCAGAAGACCGUGAUUCUAUGCAAGAGGGCGAGUUUCUCACGCCAGAUUCUGAACCAGAUCGGCCCAAAAUGGAAUCCCUGACGCCGCCGGCCGUGGAAGCAUUGACGCCGCCGGCAGCGGAAGCCCUGACACCACCUGUUAUGGGUGUCGAAGCUGUGGACCCUUUGGAUCAAGAACCGGCCACCGCGAGCGUGGACAACCAACCGACCGAAACCGCGUCCUCUCAUCACUCGAUUCCGGUAUCUACGAAUGUCGGUACUAAUAAACGACGGAGAAUUGAUGAUCCUGAUGGGUAUUCUCGUCUCGAAGGAGACGAUGAUGGCAUCGACGCUGAUGUGGCUGAGAUGCUCAAGGAUGGUUAG